UUUCCACAACAAUUCUCCAUUCAACGAGCAAAGGAUCCUGCAUGGGACCUACCACUGUCCUUUCAGAGAAGUCUCCCAAGAAACCCUGUUCACAUAAAUGCUAUUGGCAGACACCUGCUCUCCACUCUCUUCCUGCCUUGCUUCCUGAAAAGAGCGCUUCUGUUGCGACCCUGCUUUGGACAAUCACAGGAAGGAUGAAAACUCCACGCUGUGGCUACAUUCUUCUGCAGCCCAGCCUGCUGGAGGAAACCCUGUCUGUAGAACCUGAGGAAGAGGUUGCACAGGAGGAGCCAGCUUUGUUUGAAGAAGAAUUUUACAAGCCUGUGCUGAAUGGACAAAGCAACAUAAUGCACUCAGAAGAAAUUCAGAAGCUUGCACCACACCUCCCUCUGCGAGUGACUGGUCACCCAUGGAACCUUGUCUACUGCACAGCAAGGGAUGGAUUUAGCCUGAAGACUAUGUAUCGAACCAUGCGUGACUUGGCCUCCCCUGUGUUGUUGGUUAUCAGAGACACCGAUGGCAAGGUAUUUGGGGCCUUUUCUUCUACAGCCAUCCAUGUCAGCAGUUACUUUUAUGGCAAUGGAGAAACAUUUCUCUUUUCCUUCACUCCACAACUAAAGGUAUUUAAAUGGACAGGUAAAAAUACCUUCUUCAUGAAAGGAGAUGCAGACUCCCUAGCAAUUGGUGGAGGCAGUGGCAAAUUUGGACUGUGGCUAGACGGAGACCUGAAUCAUGGAGGAAGCCACCCCUGUGAGACAUUCAACAAUGAGGCAUUAUCCCACAAAGAAGAAUUCCUUAUUCAAGAUCUGGAAGUCUGGGCACUCUCUUAAUGCAAAAGAAGAAAAAUAAGUGUUCCUUUGUGUGUGGAUGUUGCAUGUGCAAUGGGAACAGGUUUUGGCCAGUAGUCCUCCUGAAGUAGCUUUUCAAACCCCUUUCAAAUGAGUACAAACCUGACUGUGGAUUCCUUGUGUCUCCACAGAUUGGCAGGGGAGAAAACAAUGACAGAUUAACCUACCAAUCUGCUCAUGUCUUUCUCCCUUAGUGCACCAGCACUAGCCCUACCUCACAUUUUGCUACACGUCGUUCUGCUCCUAAAAGGAUAUGCUGAGAUUAAUUAUAUAUAUUAUUACUACUUAAGCUUGCUCUUUGGGCUACUGUACUCCAAGGCAAAAGAAUCUGUCCAAAGCUUAAAAGUGCUAACAUUUAGGUUAGGAACAGUAAGCUCUGUAAGCAUUGGUCACUACUUACAAGGGAAGGUCCCCCACCUCCAAGGGAUAUACACCUGCCUUGCCAAGUUUCAGAUUAAGCUGCAGUCGACACUGUACCAAGUUUCUUGUUUUCCUCCUACAAAUUCUCACGCUUCUUGCUAGGAGCAGAACAUCAAGGAAUUACUCUGCACAGGCAUUAUUAGACUGUGAAAACACUGGAGAAGGGGCAUUCCUUUUCAUAAUAAGAGUUGUGAGGAAUAUUUCUUUGGUGCUCAGCAAAUCUGUUGGCAAUAAGCAUUACAUCAUUUGGAACAAGCCAACUUUGCAUAUACACAGCUGUCCAGCCAUUCUCAGCUAUGACCCUUUGCUCAGAUCACUUAACAUAAUUUUUGCAUGUAUAUACUUCCCUGGAUUUGUUGAGCAUGGAAACACAGAACUUCUGCUGUCCUGAGUAAACUCACUCAACUGCACUUUGAAUGAACAUUUUUCACGGUUGUUUAAAACAACUCUCCACCUUAGCAGAGAGGUGUAUUUCUUCAAAUUGCUCUAUUUCAUACAAAAACAGAAGUUAUGCGGAGUAACUAGUCUUUUUUCCUCAUUACCCACAAAGCUAGCUUUCUAAAUUAUUGUGGAAUAGAACAGUGUGCAAUUAUGUACUAAAACAAGAUUUAAUUGUCCAUGCUCUUGUUUGGUGGAAUGCUGCAUCUUCCUAGCACUUAUAAUAUUCUGUUUCUGGAAAACAGAAUCAAACAUACUUUCUGUCAAACAUAUUUUAGAAUGUGUAAUGGAACAUGGUGUUACAGCUGUCUAUUGCUUUCUCCAUGUGACAUAAACUGAUGACAUGAAAAUCCUUGCGCUCUAACUUAAUUUUGUAAUUGUAAUAUCUUACUAAGAUGUUUU